AUGAGUGAAAACAAGCAACAAGAAACCCGCAUUGAACGUGUUGUUGUCUGGGAAGGAGAAUGGGCUCCAGUCAGACGAUUCUUCCACAGCCUGUUAGUUUUGAAGGAUUGUACUGUUAAGAAGACUACCUCUACAAUUGAUGCCACUUCUAAAUUCGUCACUGAAACAAAGGAUAAUACUGUUAAAACUACUGAAUCAACAAUAGAAUCAACUCUCAAGUGGAAGGAUUCUAAUCCACAAUUUGUCAUUCCUGGACUUGCUCUCUUAGCUAUUCCAUUCAAUCUCCAACCAAAAGCCGCCAUUAGAAAUUAUGCUUUGGCUGCUGCUUUUGUCUCUGCUGUUGUCUAUCCAAAGAUCUUUGUUGGAGCAUUCUACAAGCCAAGAGAAUUGUUUGAAGGCAUGUUUGUUAAUUAUCAAAAACAACAAGAUUUGAAGAAGGAACAAUUAGAACAAUCCAUCAAACAACAACAAGAAGUUCAACAAGUUAUUAAUACAUCAUCCGAUAAUACUACUAAACCUGUGGAAGUUACUAUAGUGGAAGAACCACCAAAAGCCGACACUAUUAACACACAAUUUUCGGAACAAACAUCAGUUGAGGAAAAUAAGGUUUAA